CGACCGAUAGGCUGCCACUUAGCUACGCAGUUGUUUGUGUUAUCGGAUUUGUUGGAAUUUUCCACUACGGAGUUUGUCCAUAAUAAAAUAGUGAAUUGAACCGUGGACUGGUGGAUAUUAUACUAAACAAGAACCGGAACUGAGCUUUCUGUGAUACAGAUUUCCAACAAUUUCCUGUGGUGUAGUAUAGAGUUCAACCGUUUUUUAUUUUGGACUUUGGGGAGUGGAUGGGGUUAACCGUAAACUAGCUGUUAGCAUAUUUUGCCCAGAUUAGCUGCUGGUGCCCGGAGCAAUUUUAGCCUUUCGUUGUUGAGAUGGAGUUUCAUGGAGUUGGUGGGGGAACAGGUGGAGUUGUGGUGAGCGGCGGUAACGUCCCGGCCUUUUUAACUAAAUUGUGGACCCUCGUGGAAGACCCGGAGACCGACCCUCUUAUCUGCUGGAGCCCGAGUGGAACUAGCUUCCAUGUGUUUGAUCAGGGUCGGUUCUCUAAAGAGGUUCUACCAAAGUUUUUUAAACACAACAACAUGGCUAGCUUCAUUCGGCAGCUCAACAUGUAUGGUUUCCGUAAGGUGGUGCACAUCGAGCAGGGCGGCUUGGUGAAACCAGAGAGAGACGACACAGAGUUUCAGCAUCCAUACUUCAUCAGAGGGCAAGAGCACCUGCUGGAGAACAUCAAACGUAAAGUCACUAAUGUGUCAUCAGUCCGUCAAGAAGAAAUGAAGAUCUCAACAGAUGAAGUCAACAAAAUCCUCAGUGAUGUCCAGCAGAUGAAAGGAAAGCAGGAAACUAUUGACUCCAGGAUCAUUGCCAUGAAACAUGAGAACGAAGCUUUAUGGAGGGAGGUGGCCAGUCUGAGACAGAAACAUGUCCAGCAACAGAAAGUUGUCAACAAGUUGAUCCAGUUUCUGGUGUCUCUCGUUCAAACCAACAGAAUCAUUGGAGUCAAGAGGAAAAUUCCUCUGAUGCUCAAUGAUUCCAGCUCUGCCCACUCUAUGCCGAAGUAUAGCCGGUCCCUUACAAUGGAGCAUAUUCAGAACGCAGCUGCCAAUCUGCUCGCUGCAGACUCGACCUUAAAUUCUGGACCGAUCAUCUCAGACAUCACGGAGGAACCCCCUUCCUCCCCAGAAGAAGCAGUCGCUGACUGGACUGACCUAGGCGAGAACCAUGCAACUUUUAUCAAAGAGGAACCAUCCAGUCCCGAGGUGGAGGAGUGUCCUGUUCUUGAGGUUGAGCAGGACUCCCUCCCAGCAAACGAAGACACCCCUCUCUCCCCCACCACCUUCAUCAACUCUAUUCUUCAGGACGAGACGCCGUCGACGCAGGUCACGUCCUCCACCGCCACCACAGCUAAUUCCACCAACACCCCAGCAGCCAUCCCUGUUGUUGUGGUGAGCCCUUCCACCACUGGGGUUCCGACUCAGCCAGCUCCAACCAUCAAAUCUCCGGCCCCUGUUGCCUGCUCCAAUCCUGCUUCGGCCCCCAGCCCCGCCACACCUAAACAGAAAUGUCAGACCAUCGCACGUCUAGACAGGUUCCUCCCCCCACCGCCUGCAGGUGGACUCUCACCUGAUGUUUGGCGCAUCCUAUCGAAACUUCCUGAAAAGCAUGAACUCUCUGACCACGUCGACAGUAUUGACAACGGCUUAGAAAACCUGCAGAGUAUUUUAAACUCUCAAACCUUCACCUUUGACCCGUCUCCCUUCAUGGAGUUUUUCAGUUCAUCCGUUCCUUCUGGAGACUUUGACCUUGAAAGUUUGGAUAAUCUGCUUUCUGAUGAAGUCCCUAAAGAAAGUGAAAAUGGAACAGGGAAGCAGCUGGUGCAGUACACUGCCGCACCCCUCCAUGUGACCGAGCCAGUGGUUCUGGGGGAGGCAGACACUGACCUCCCGUCUCUUCUGGAGUAUGAGACGGAGCCGCUGUUUAACACCGACACGGCAGCGGGCGACCCACCCGAGGUCUUACUGAGUCCCAGCCAACUGGACUCUAGCCUCUAACAUCCUCAAGAAUGUAAUGACUCCUCAGUAACCACAGGGCACUGAGCCCCAGCUCAGCAGCAGCAAUAGACAAUGACUAAAUUGAUGGGUUGUAGAUCAAUCAUUAGGUCAAAGGUCAUGUUUUUAUCAAGCAGAUGUUAUUAAUCGAUAUUAAUCCAUUUCUAUACUCUAGGAUUAUUUUAGGUUUUAUUUUGUGUUUGUCACCUAAAUCGAGACCUUUAUUUGUUUCUUGUUGUACAAAAAGAUGAAAAGUAAAAAAAAGAAAAAAACUGUGAGAAUCCUAAUAAAACGGGGUCACAUGUACCUGCUGGUGUAUUCAGGGACAGAUCUGGGAGCAGACGCAGUACAUAUGAUGUCACAGUAAAGGUGAGCCAGGAGCAUGUGACCGAGACGCUUUCUGCUCUGCAUGUUUAAGUCGAAUUUGCUGGCUGUUUUUUUUUCACUUGUAUAAUUUAAACAUAAAGAGAGAAUCAGAAUAUUUUUGGAAAAGUUUAUUACAGAGUGUUUAAUCGUCCUGUUUGUCCAUCAUCAAUGGAAGCAGCAGAAAGGGACGCUUUGAUUGAGAUCUGAACAGAUUUCUCUGUCCUCACGAGCCAUGCUGCAGGUUUCCUGCAGAUCUUCUGACUAAGUUUUAUCUGGACCCCUGAUUAGGCAUGGGCCGGUAUAAAAUUCCUAUGGUAUGUAAAAAUACCACUAUGCACACAAUUUAAAACAACAACGUAUGACAUUAUCUAACUGUUUUGAUUUAAAACGAUGGCGGCAAAUAUUUCCCUGAGGCUCAAACUUACUGCAUCGAUGUUCUCUAUUAAAAUAGAUUUUUUUCCUUUUUAAUGCAUAGACUUCAGCUGAAAUGUAGAAUAAAAACUUGCUAGUUUCAGUAAUUUAUUUCCAAUAUUUAAUGUACAAUAAGCAUUUAAGUCCUUAUUGUACCAAAUACUCCCUUAUGUGUCUUUAUUUUUAUUUUUUUUGGCAACUGAUGGUAAAAGAGGAAAGGGGUUCUGGAGUUUAAUGUGUGCCAGCUUAUUGUCGGAGUGCAGCAGCAUGUAGGGGAGGGGUAGCACUGCAUUACUCUAUGUAGCUGGUGGAAAUCUGUCUCUUAUACCUUAUGUUUCAUCUUCUCAAAAAAAACAAAAAAAAAUGAAGAAACAUAAAGACCGAAUAUUUCAUCGUUUUGUGGAAACUUUACUUUUUAAAACCUUGGUGGACUUUAAUGCUGGCAACCGGCCCAUGCCUACUCCUGACAGUCUGCUGCACUCGGCUCUAACACUGCUGGAGUUUGAAAGAAACAUGGAGUACGUCCAAAAAGAUGAGGGGCAGAAAAGUUCUGGGAAUAUGUAUGUUUAAUUUGUUUUGCUGAAGAGAAUUGAUGGCACCAUUCACUCAAAAAAUGCAAGCUUUUUAAAUACACAAUUUUCUCUUAUCAGAAAGGUUCAAUGUAUGAUAAACUGGUCUAAAAUGCUUUAGUCUGUCAGCAAAUCUCAAUUGUUUGCAGUCCUGCACAUUUUGGAUUCUGUCUUUUUCCAAACUGUAGCUUCAAUAAUACAGCUCUACCACUAGAGAACAAUGUGUAAUGGUACUUUACUUGAUUCCAGUUUUAGAUCAGUGUUGCUAAAACCAGGAGCAGAUUUAUGGUAAAACUUACUUCAGGAUAUCAGGUGUUGCGUUUCAGUUUUAAUGAAACAUUCAAGACUGUUGUUACUGUCAAAAGCAAGGAUUCUUGUUUUCUGUUAUAUUCGUAAAAACUCUGUUUUAUUUGGAGAAACUUCAAACUUAAGUACUGAUGGGUGAUUAGAGCUUAAAGUGAAGUGUAGCUCCUACUGACAGAUAUUUAAUUUAAAAUGUAUAAGGGAAGCUGGAGUGUGAUUGAGCAGGUGUAACUUGAGCACCUCAACGGCAAAUAGGUAUGUUACCAUGUUUGACCACAUUGCUUAAACAAGGGCUGCACAACAUUAAGGAGAGAGAUUGCAAUUUUAUUUCAAAAAUUCAGUGAUGGCAUUAUUGAUUUGGGAUUAAGCCUCCUUUUCCUCCAUUUAAUAUUCUUGUCAGCACUCCAACCCUCUCCAAGCGGUUUAGCAUAGAAAAUCUUUGAAUCAGGCGGGGAGAUGCCUUAACAGUGGAGGGACAUCCAACUGGCCAAACUACAAGUACAUCAUAACAACUUAUAGUUAUUGAAAGGUGGAUUUAUUUUUUAAAUUCAGUUCAAAGAGGUAAACUCAUAUGCAUUACACACAAAGACACGUUUCUAGUAGUUUUUAUGGUUAUGUCCUUUAGUCAAUGUAUAAAAUUAUAUAUAUUAUAUAUAAAAAUUUCAGCAAAACAAAAAACUUUUAACACUUAAGUUUGAGCCCUCCAACUAAGUCCUUGCACUCAAUACUAGGUUGGGCUCCUCUUCCAUGAAUGAUGCAGCGUGGCAUGGAGAUGAUCAACCUGGAGUCCUUCUACCUCGUAAUGAAAGCCCAGGUUGCAACCUUCAGUUCACCUGUGUUUGGUUUAUUGUUUCUCAUCCUCACCUGACAUCUCAACAAAUUUCCAUAGAUUGUCUUUAGUUUGUCAUGUCAGUUUCAUGAGUUGCCAUUGGCAGCAAUACAAUCUGUCAUUGGUGAGAGGCAAUGUGGGCUACUUGGAAAUCAAAUCAGCAUCUCCAUCAGUCCAAUAUUUCCUUCAACACAAUUCUAUGUUGGUUCCAUUGGUCGCAGCAGUCUGAACAAAACACCUUUAUCUUUGACCUGUUGUGACUGAGUCAAAUCAGCAGACUUGUCCAUGCCUUGCAGCUGUUUCUUGAUAUGCAUUUUUGGAUAAAUUCUGUUUUGUUAUGUAAUAUUUUCCUAGAGACUCAUCUUGAUUCCACUGGAUGCAAGCCACAGUAAACCAAAAAUGAUUGAAACAUGCUUGAAACAAGCACUUUGUGUGUAAUAAAUGCAUAUGAGGUUCAUUAUUGAUCAUUAAAAAACUAAAAUCAACUUUUUGAAUGCGUUGUCUAUUAAAUGCUUCAGAGUUUGAAUCAUUUUAUUCUUGCUUUUUCAGGCAGCUUAAUCUCAAUACAUUUCCCAAAAAAAAUCCCAGAUUUAAGAAUUUCUCUAAUUAAAUGUAGCUAAAAAAAAUAAAUUAAGCACAGUCUUGGACAGUGAAGUGGCUCCUGUUGUUCUGAAUCAUCAAUCCUCAGAUGCCUACUGGUUUGUCAGAUGCUGUACAGAAUUGAGGCUCUCUGCCAUGUAAAAUUCACAAUAAAUAAUAGAUUGACUUUGCUUGAUUUUGUUUUUACUUCCAACCAACAAGCCAUCUGUAUUUAAUUUACCUGACAACUCUCUACAUGUAGGAGAGAGGAGGGUUGAAUGUUGAAGUGUUCUGGUUGCAAAACUUUUGUUAAAUAAACCGUUUUAAACACA